GGUUGAGAAGGACACGUGCUUUCCUGUGAGGAAGCCGCAAACUGCGGAAUCGCGGCACCGACGGUUGGGACACGCCGGAUACGAAAACUUGGCGAAAAUGGUGCAGGCCGACCUCGUGGAAGGGGUCAAGGUGAAACCGAGUGCGUUUAGGGCGCUUAAAACCUUGGUGUGCGAGCCCUGCAUGAUAGGGAAGCAGACAAGGUUCCCCUUCUCGGCCCCCAACUCGGUGAGCACGGAGCCUCUUGAGCUAGUCCACAUGGACGUCCGCGGGCCAAUGCCGGUAGCCUCAUUAGGGGGAGGCCGGUACUCUGCCACGUUCUUGGACGACUACAGCAACUCUCGGUUGUAG